AGCGAGGCGUCAGAAGCAGACAAAUUCAAGUUGCUGCCUAGGUAUGUAUGGUGAGAGCUUAGACCUGAGGUAAUGAAGGUAGCGGUCGGCGCAAAUGGUGAGUGGGCAAAGUUUAAAGAGGAGAUGCAGAGACGUUUCAAGUUCGGUGACGGCCUCCUCACCAAAGAAGACCUGGAAAUGUUGAGAUGGGACGAAUUCUCCAUAGUGGGGUCCUUCGCCACGGCGUUUGAGAAAAUGGCAAAGAAAGUCCCAGGGUUGGCAGAAGAGGAGCAGUGUGCCACUUUCCUAGGGCACUUCAAGAACUGGGAGGGCUCGUCGCUAGCUAAGAAGGCUGCUCCAGGAAAGAAGCUCACUUGGGCUGCCAUAAACGAUGGCGUAAUGGAUGGAGAACUGGACCAGGUAGACAUCUUCCAAAUGAGGCAGGCUAGGAAGAAGAGGAAGGCUUUGGAUGCCACCACGAAUGAUGGACGUGAUUUCAAGAAAAUGAUAGAGGACGCGGUGGCCCAGCUCGACGCAGAGAAGGAGGCAAAAAGGAAAACCAUGGCAGCGCCACAGAUCGUAGGGAAAGCAAAAAAGGCAGUAGUGCAGGAAGAGGAAGAAGAGGAAGAGGAAGAGGAGCCCGAGCCUCAGAAGUUGACUAAGGCUCAGAGGAAAGCAAAGAACUUUGCUCAAGGGGGCCAAGGCUCGGGGAGGGGUCAGGUCCCGCAGGCUGUGGCAAUGACCCCUCCUGAGUCGUCCCAUCAAGCUGCAUCAGCACCCUAUGGGCUGUGGCCGGGUUGUGGGCCUCCGAGUCAUUGGCAUGGACACUGUUCAUACGCCCCGUGGCCUAUGAGUGGGCCACAUGGAUCAUGUGCCGGACCGUCAAUGAGCGUGGCUUCCUAUGGCUGCCCAGGACCCCAAACCCAACAAGUAAGCCAUCCAGCCCCACUGCCAACCCAACCCCAGGAGUCCGCCCCACAAGGGUCGCAAGGCAAUCAAGGCGGUGGACGAGGACAAAAUCAAGGGUGGGGCCGAGGACGAGGGAAUGGUGGUCGGGGAGGAAACGGCAGAGGGAAUAGUGGUGGUAACGCUGCAGGCGGGGGAAGCGAGGGAUGGACAGCAUCCGGGAGUCAAGAUGGCCAGGAAGGUGGAAGAGGUGCUGGCAGGGGGAGAAUAGAUUGGAGGAACGCCAUUUGUUGGCACUUCGGGCAGAAAGGUCACACUAUCAAGUUCUGCCAUGUCCGGAGAAACGAUGAAGACGAAGGCCUAAUCAAUAACAACUAUGAUGGGGAUAUGUACGACAAGUGGGGGUACCACCUUGAUCCAAGGACCCCAGGCGGGACAAGGAAGGAGGCCCUACGACGAGCCGAGGCAGGUGAACCACCCGCUCCUCCAGCCAUGUUUCGGAUAUGGCAGGAGAAAGGGGUCCGUAGUGACAACAGGGUUGAAGAGGUGGGAGAGAACGAAAAGGUGGAGCAAGAGCGGAAAACCGGCACUACUAAGGCUGAGCCCAUCAUAGUAGAGUCGGACGAUGAGAUUGAAGAGGAUUACUCAUGUGGCCUCCCUAACGCAGAUGCGCUUUCAGAGGCAUGCGCUGGGAGGGCUGUAAUAUCUCUGAUAGACUUGUAUUCUGGUUAUGAUCAGUUUCCUGUUUACCCAUUUGACAGGCCGAUGACGGCGAUGCAUACCCCACGAGGGCUGAUCCACAUGAAUGUCGCACCRCAGGGGUGGACAAAUGCGGUUGCCAUGGUCCAGAGGCAUAUGGUGAGAGCAAUGCAGUCAGUAAGCCCUCACAUCACGCAGCCUUAUAUCGAUGAUUUGGCCGUGAAAGGGUCGAAGGUAAAGGAUGAGCAGGAGGUAAUGCUGGGAAUCAGRCGGUUUGUUUGGGAUCAUGUGCAGGACUUGUGUCAAGUCCUGGACUUGCUACAAGAGCAUAACCUCACUGCAAGUGGGCCGAAAUCCAAACACUGUAUGCGAGGAGCGACUAUCUUAGGAUUUGUGUGCGACGAGAAGGGUCGUCGGCCACAUACUAAGAAGACCAAUAAGAUUUUCGAAUGGCCAACCCUAUUCGAGACGAUUACUGAGGUGAGAAGCUCCCUCGGAACGUGUGGAUUUUGGAGAAUAUUUAUAAAAGGGUUUCCGACGAAGACGGAGCACCUGCGAAAGCUCGUGCGCCAAGGACAAGAUUGGGAGUGGGGAGAUAGACAGGAGUCUGUGAUAAAGGAUCUGAAGAAGGAGUUUGAAGAAGGAGGACUGGUAUUGGGAGUACCAGACCAUGSGGCUGUUAUGACCAGRCYYUUUAUCAUAGAGACARAUGCAGGACCGRCCGCUUUGGGAGGAGUUUUGAUCCAGAAAGACCUCAAUGGAGAGGAGCGACCGCUAAGAUUCGAGAGUCGAACGCUUAAUACGGCUGAGAGAAACUACUCUCAGUUCAAGCGCGAAACCUUGGCAGUCCUCCACUGCUUGAGAAUUUUCAGAAACUACCUCUUUGGCAACAGGGGGUCUGAAUUCACCAGUGCAGAGGUAAAAGCACUCUUGAAGAGGUACGGGGUGAUUGCUGAGUAUACUACUGCAGCACACCCUCAAGCAAAUGCACCGGUGGAGAGAGGACACAACACCAUCUCGAACCUUCUGGCAAAAUGGACCAGUGGGAGGCCAAAUCAGUGGCCAGAUUUUUUGAGAGUGGACUUUUUUGUAGACAACAUCACCGUGAGGAGGAACACCGGUUAUGCGCCAGCCACGCUAUGGUAUGGCGGGCAUGCAACGUUUCCUAUCGAGAGCUUCCUGAAGACAUGGAAGCGGCAGGACCUCGAGUCAGAGUUGACGUUCGAGGAACUGCUCGAUUUAAGGGCGCGUCAGAUCGGAGCCAUAGAGGACAGGAUUGAAGGAGCAGCGAGUAAGGUGGUAUAUAACCGGGCACAGGAUAAGUUCAGGUGGGACAAGAUGGCAAGAGUGAGGAAGGAGCCACUCAAAGUGGGUGACACGGUGCUGUUGUACGACUCGUCCCUUGAGAAACAAUGGUCACGAAAGUUGGAUAAGCGGUGGUUGGGACCGUACAAGGUGGCAAGAGUUGGAGAGCAUGGCGUGUACCAAAUUGAGGAAAUGGAUGGAACAGCCUGGAGAGAUUGGGAUUCAGGCUCGAGGCUGAAGAAGUUUGUUGCUCGAGAUGAGGAGUCAGCGACCUGGACGGAGUUUGAGAGGAGAAUGGAGGGACUACACCCAUCACCCGUGGGGAGAGAUGGAGUACCGAUCCGAUUUGAUGGGACGAACGUGGAUGAGUUCCUGUGGGCAUACGAGCGUUUUGCAGAUGAGCGAAACAUCGCACCAGAGGGAAGGAUGACAGGAUUCAUCCAGUUCGUAAGGAGGUCCAUCAGACAGUUUGUCAAGAGCGUUGUGGAGAGGGUUGUGCACUGGGGGGAUUGCAGGCAAUUGUUGAGGGGCUACUACACUCCAGCGCGUCAGGCAGAGGAAAGGAGGAGUCUGGAAAGGAAAAGGAAGGAACCAGAGGCUGAGGGUAGAAGGACCUUCGAGAGAGGUGCCUCGUCCAGAUCUCAGGAGGGUAAGAGGAGAAGGGAGCAUGCCACCCGCAGGAUGGAGAGAAGUGGGGAGCUGCCAGCUGAGAGGAGUCAGAGGAGGAGAGAGUCAGAGGUGCCUGAGGCUACUCCUCAGUCUAUUCAGAGGCAAGAGGAUCAGUCUAUGGUAGAAGUAAGACAGGAGGCACCCCGUGAGCUGACAGAACAGAGGAUGGAUGAGGACCAGGCUGAGAGAGAAAAGGAGUUGGACAGACAAGAAAGGGUCGCAAGAGAACGAGAGAUCAGAGCAGAAGUCAGGAGGAAGAACCUAGAGGAACUCCACAGGAGAGUGGAGCAAGGACAGCGGCCGGUGGACUUUAAGGACAAAAAGGGAAAGAGUGUAAGCAGCCAGUAUGAAGAAGACCCUCCUCUACUCUCUGAAGCGUGGAAAAACUUUGAUAGGUUGAUGGGAGCUGCGAGAGGACCAGAGGGACCUCAGCAAGAGAUGGGGGUGAAGUUGGUCUUCGCAGACUUGCUCACGUUGAAGGGAGUAAUGAAGGAAGGAUUUGCAGCCGCACGAGCAUCAAAUCAGAAGAUUGGAGAGAGGUUGACCAAGGUGGCUCAGAAGGCCUAUGGUCAGAGGGUGGAAUGGGAGCAGGAGACUAGGGAUCUUAAAGAGAACCAGGAGAGACAGGAUCGCGAGUUGCACGCAAUGAAGGUGGAACUGGAAAAGGCUUGGGCUGGCAAUGAGGCAAUAAGGCAGGCAAAGGAGGUAAAGUGGGAGAAGAGAAUUAAGGAGCUGGAAGCGAAGCUCGAGCAGAGGGCUCCCACAGCUUUGGUGGAUUGGACUGAGGUCCAAGGAUUUGAAAUGAAGAAGCCACCUGCAGAGGAAGCUUUCAAAAGUGAGAAGGAGGAAGAAAAGACUGAUCUACAGGAAGGAGAAGAUGUGUCACUGUUAGACAAAGACAUGUUACGGCCUCAGGAGGUGCACGUGGAAGAGAAGGCCAAGAGUGAGGAGUCUGAAUGGCAGAUGCCUUCCACCUUGGCACUCCAGCAGGCUCGCAAGGGACAGGAUGUGACACAACAGGCAGAGAUGGAGAGAGAUGAGGGGGCACUGCCUGUCAAUCAGAUGGCUGCUGAGGGGCAGAUGGUCCAGGGGAGCGAGGUUGAGGCUAAGCAGAGAGUAGGCCAGGAGACUUGUCAGGAGUCUACCACGCCUCAGGAUAUGCCAUUGGCAGUAGGCUUGGAGGAGGCGUUUGGCUCAUUGGCCACAGGGUCUGGUUCAACAGUUCGAGCGAGUGGGCCAGUGAGACAGACAGAGGAGAGAGCAACCUGCCCCACUCCAUCUGAGACUCCCCAGCAGGAGGUUACGAGCGAAGUUACGACAGUUUCAUCCUCAGUACUCUCACAGGAAGAAGAGAAGACGGCACAGAAGAAGCCUGAGAAGUGUUUCUACUGCAAGAAGGGCAAACACUUCUCUGAUGAUUGCCCCAAGUUUUAUGAGGAUGAGGCGAGAGGGUUUGUUACCAGAGUAUCCACUGGGAUUUGGAGGGAUAGGAAUGGUAAUUUGGUUGAGAGGUCUCGUGAUGGUGGUAGGAUUCAGUUGUACAGACAGAUAGGUGAGGUGAUGAUUGACUAGGAUUUGACAUUAGGGUCCGGAAAGGUCUAAACCUUCGCAUGAGUAAAAUAUCUUUGACUCU